UCGGCCCCAACCGUCGUCCAUCUCUCCCCUCCUCCCUCCCGCCUUGUCUCCCCUCGCCGGCCGCAGCCAUGUCCGAGCCCCGGACUCCGCGCUUCAGUGACAGAGCAGUGCAGGUUCUGCUGGAGCAGGUGAGGGCUCGCAGGGAGGUCUUUUUCCCCUCCCAGGGCCGGAGUGUGCCCAGGGAGAUGGUGCACCAGGCCUGGAUCGAGGUGGCACACAGCGUCAACGCCAAGAGUGAGGUGCCAAAGACUUGGCUGCAAUGCCGCAAGAAGUUCAAUGGCCUGACCUGGACUGCUAAGGAGAAGUUGGCACACAAAAGAAGGAAAAGAACCAGCUGCGAGGAACGGCCAGCCUCCAUUCUAAAUCUCACCCAGAUGGAGCAGGAAGCCCUGGACAUCAUUGGGCCAAACAGCAGGAGAAACCUCGAGAAUGGCAAGGCUGGAGGCCAAGUACCACAGGAUCUGACACAUUACCUAGGCUUUAUGAGGCAGGAGAUGGAGGGGGGACAUUUUACAGAAGAUGCACAGUCGCCAGCCCCGUCAUUCCAGUACAUCACCACUGACAUGAACAUCUCCAGUGGCAUGGAUGCUCAGCUGAAUGGAUCGGCACACUAUGAAUUAUUCGGCAGUAACGAACAGGAGCUGUCUAUAGAGGAAAGGACUGUAGAGGAGACAGAUGACUCAAGGGCAACCUCUGGUCCCAGCUAUGUCGAAAAGGAUGAAGAUGCAGAUUUAACCGGCCCUGCCUUUAAAAGAAAGCUUUUCCAUGAACAUCAUCAGUUGCUCAAAGCUUUGGACAGUCUACCCAAGAGUUGUCUCACCCUGUCUGAGAGUGUAGAAGAGUCUGCUUCUAUAUUUUGUGGUGUUUUGGCGCAGGGCAUCACUACUCUCCAGUCUACCAUGGAGCGUGUUGCCAACUCUAUGGACGCAGCAAUGAAGCCCUCUGUCCAGGAGCCUGUGGCACCCACACUGGCGUCAUUGAUUGAGGCUCAAACCGGUGCUAUUCAGGCCCUGGCUUGCACCAUAUCCACUAGUUUAGAAAGGCUGGGCGGGCGCAUUGAUAGGGGCUUCAGUAACAUCUCUGACCUCCUCCAGUCUGCUGUGCCGCAGGUCAAUGGCAGCAUGGUCAAUGAGUCGCGGCCUCAUCUGAGUGAGCCAGCUGGAGUGGCUCUUGCUGGUCCCUCUCUGGAUAACAGCACGUCUGCUCACCCGCCAUCUCCUCCAGCCCCAGCUGCUCCUGCAGCAGCACCAUUGAAUCUGCAGUCGGCGAUCAGACCCCCUCGAGCUCAAUGGGACCGGCGCCCUUGAGCAUUUUCCACCCCCUGACCGAGCUACAGUAACUGCCAGCCCUUGAGCAAAGCCACAAGGGAGUCUCGUGUUGGAGCAGCUAGAGGACUUGAUAAAGGUAAAUUUAGUAGGUCUACUGAUAGUUGCAUAAGCAAUAAAGUAUUUCAUUGUUUUCAA